UCAGUUGACAGCCAGCAGCGCACACCAAGUCUCCACGCUGCACGUAGAAUAGACCAGACGUAGAUUUUCAUGUCCAAGUAUCCUCACCUCGGCGUUUAAAUUCCAACAGGGAAAUGGGCAUGGCAUGCUUCAUCCCUGUCAUCUCUAUGGAAUGACCACAAACGCGUAGGAGGACUGAACCGCUUGCUAGCUGUAGCUGCUAAUAGUUAGCCCUGCCUAGCAGACAGGCUAACGUUAGCUAGUUGGUCAACGGAGCACGGUUCUGCUUUGUGCGGUGAAGUUAGCUAGCUGGCUAGUUCGUUCGCUAGCGAAGGUCGGAAGGGACUAGCUGCUCCUCAACGUUACUAAGGCACCGUCAACCUUAGCUAGUUAGCCAUUCAGCAGCACUGUGUCAUUUCAGACAUUUUGCUCGGUUCCACCAUAACGUGGGUUUAAUUUUUACACGGUGCUUCAUUUCGCCCUUUUCAUGUUUUAUGUUUUUUUAUUUCCUUUACCAGAAUUGUCGUUGGUGUUAGCUAGCCGGCUGGCUACUUGGCUAUGCUAACAUCAGCUCAGUGAGAGCUCGCAUCGCAGGGGUGCGGAGAGCUCCGGAGAGACAAGUGAAGGAAGGAAGAGGUGACUUAUGAUGUGGGCUGAGGGAAGUGGCGGACUAAUAGGAGAACGUAAGCAGCAGUUUUAGCUGUAGCUCGGCGUAUUUUCUCGUACAAAUCCUUGUCAGGGCAGGCCCACAGCGUCAGUCAAGCUGCGAGGGACGUUGGACCAAGAAAAGAAUUGGGGCACUUUGAAUUAGGAGCUGGCUAAAUGAAUAGUAUUCAUUGAGACGUGAGCUGGUGGGCACUGCCAGCUUCAGGACAAGGCGCACUGUCAAGAUUAUCGCACAGACUGCAGUAACCAGCCAAUUUACCGUUCCUUAAAGAUGGCUUCGGCGAGCAGCAUUGCUGCAUCUAUUGCAAGCAAAACGAAGACCAAGAAGAAACACUUCGUUGCUCAGAAAGUGAAGCUCUUCCGUGCCAGCGACCCUCUGCUUAGCGUGCUUAUGUGGGGAGUCAACCAUUCGAUAAAUGAGCUAAGCCAUGUUCAAAUUCCCAUCAUGCUCAUGCCAGAUGACUUCAAGGCCUACUCCAAGAUUAAAGUGGACAACCACCUCUUUAACAAGGAGAACAUGCCAAGCCAUUUCAAAUUUAAGGAGUACUGCCCUCUGGUGUUCCGAAACCUCAGAGAGCGGUUUGGGAUCGAUGAUCAGGACUUCCAAAAUUCUCUGACACGCAGCGCUCCCUUGAACAGUGAGGCCCAGGGACGCAGUGGAGCCCGCUUCCACACCUCUUACGACAAACGCUACGUCAUCAAGACCAUCAGCAGUGAGGAUGUGGCUGAGAUGCAUAAUAUUCUCAAGAAGUACCACCAGUUCAUCGUGGAGUGCCAUGGCAACACGCUGCUGCCUCAGUUUCUGGGGAUGUACCGCCUCACCGUGGAUGGAGAUGAGACCUACAUGAUCGUCACACGCAAUGUCUUCUCCCACCGCCUUUCGGUCUACAAAAAAUACGACCUAAAGGGUUCCACUGUGGCAAGAGAGGCCAGCGACAAGGAGAAGCAGCCGCGCCCACCAGAGGACGUGCCCCCGCGGCCCAAAUCUGGUAACGUUCAGCAAAGGCUGCAAACACUGCGGAUUGCCACGCGCUUUUACUGCGCUAUGAAACACGCCAAGGAGCUGCCCACCUACAAGGACAAUGACUUCAUCAAUGAUGGGCAGAAGAUCUACAUUGACGAUGAAAACAAGAAGAUGUUCCUGGAGAAGCUUAGGAAAGACGUGGAGUUCCUGGCCCAGCUCAAGCUGAUGGACUACAGUCUGCUGGUGGGAAUCCAUGAUGUGGAGCGAGCUGAGCAAGAGGAGGUGGAGAGCGAGGACAACGAGGGCGAGGAGGAGGGCGAGAGUGAUGGAGGGGGCAUCGGGACCCCCCCUGACAGUCCCAGCAACACCCUGGACAGCACCAAACCUCUGUCACCUGGAGAGUUUGAUCCCACCAUCGAUGUUUACGCGAUCAAAAGCAAUGAUAGUGCUCCAAGGAAGGAGGUUUACUUCAUGGCUGUCAUAGACAUCCUGCAGCAUUAUGAUGCUAAGAAGAAGGCUGCCCACGCCGCCAAGACUGUCAAACAUGGGGCUGGAGCUGAGAUCUCCACAGUGAACCCAGAGCAGUACUCCAAGAGGUUUUACGAUUUCAUCACCACUAUCCUGUCGUAGCCCCUAGGAGUCACAGGGGGCACAGGGGGCACAUGGGGCACAUGGGGAAGGGGGGGCAAGUGGGGAGUAGGGCGGAGAAAAGAAGUGACGGAGAGAAAUCCAUCAAGAAGCUGACGCGAUAAGGUGCUGUGAAGGCUUUGUAUCACUCUCUCCCUCACCCGUUCUCCUAAACUCUCCCAUUUUCUUUCCCUUUCUUUCCUUUUGACGGGGUGCCGCGCUCUGCAGCUAAAAAACAUCAUUCGUUUACAUUUAACCUCUCCUUUGUUGAGUUUUGUUUGUUUGUUACUUUGGACCAUAAGGGUGUUGAAAGCAGGUAUCCCCGUCGUUAUGUUUUUUUUUUUUUUUAUAGAUUAUAUUCAUUUUUGGUCUGUUUGGUUGUUAAUUUGGGAAUAUGGCUUUUUUUAUUGCCUCUAACACAACAUCCCACCCUGUUUUUUGUGUUGUUUUGUUGUUGGUUGUUUGUUUUUGUAUUUCCCAUUUGAAGUGAGGGGGAGGUUGGGGAGGGAGUGUCGUGUGGUACAGCGGUCAAGGGGAGUUCAGAGGUCAGAUUACAGCACAACGUGAGGUCACUCUCGCGAUAAGUAGAGAAGGGUUUGAGCAGGAUGCAGAAAGGAAGUUUAUGUUGAGCCUCGUCUAAUGCAAUCGCUUUGUUUCAGGAAACAGGAAGCAGUCUUCCAAUAGGCCAACAGCCAGACCCCACCUAAUUUGCCAUACAUGUACUCAGCCAAACUAACCCUCCCAUUUGGGUUCCUCAUCCAUCACUAACCCCUUAGACCCUCCCCCCAACAACGGCUGUUCCCUUCCCCAGUUACCAUCCCCCAUUUACAAUUAAUGCAUCAGACUUCUGGGUUAUCUUCCUGCCACACACACACAUACACACACCGCUUUAAGGUCAGUUGUAUCCAGUAAAUCAUAAUUCUUGUCUAUAGCUCUAGUUGUGUCUUGGUGUUUGUGCAUGGUCUGCUUUGUCCCCUUGCCUUCCUUUUAUAUUCAGUAAUUAAGAAUGAAUGAGGGAAGGAUAGAUGACUUAAAAUGAGAAAAAGAGCAGGCAACUUGUAAUUCAUUCUUGUAGUUUUCAUCAGUCAUGUCGAGUAGUUGUGGUUUCUGUUCCUUCGGCAAGGAGCAACCCAGAAGUCUUGAUAGGUUGUGGUGGUUGAUAAUUGUAACUCCUUGUUAUCUUCCAAUAAGCGUGUCAGUUCAAAACAUCAACAGCCCUUAACUUUCUGUUGCCAUCAGCACCUUAUAACUAAAAUAAAAAACAUUGCACUUUUUUUAUCCAUUGUUAGAUGAUAGAAGCUCUUGUUCUGUUACAUGCAACAAAACAGCUGUCUAGAGCGAAAAGAACUCAGCUCUCUUAGAAUUGAAUCUUGAAGGCCCGAUCCCAAAUCCCCCAUCCUGCCCCAACCUUCACCUGUGGGUACUUCAUACAGAUCUGAAGGGAUUGGAUGGGAAGAAUUUACUGCAAUAUUUGACAAGGGAAAAUGGACAAACUAACCUUUCCAGUCCUACCAUGGCGUGCUGGCAGUGGGUUUUGGGACCUGGCCUGAGUGUUGUGUUAGCAAUAGUGUGAGUGUGCUAGUGCGUUCUGGGCAGACAGACGACGGUUUACCUGCAGCAUUGUACCAGCAUACACCCGUCGGCAAACAGUGUGCGUGCAUGUGUGUGUGUCAGUGUUCCAGGAGGAAAAGUCAGAAAGGGAGAGAGGAAAGGGAUGGAGGGAGGUAGGGAAGAGUAGCCAGAGAUGUAAAGAUACUUUAGGUGUUGUAAUUCAUUAAGUCACCCAAACAGCAUCGGCCUCUUCUCUAACCUUGGCUGUGAGUCUGUUAUUCAUCGUUGUUUGUGUUGUUGUUGUUGUUGUUGUUGUUGUUGACAUUGUUGAAAGGUGAUUCAUUUGUGUUUGAAUUUGGCAGAUUUAUGAAUUGAAGUGGUAAUAAUUUUUUUUGUUUUAUUAAUUUUUUUUCUUGUUUUGUAUAUUUUGCACACGAGGAAAGGAACCAAAUGUUACGCAUAUGAUCCCAAUUAGUUGAUGUGGUCUUAACAAGGGAAAUGCAAUAUAUUUGUAUGUAAGUGAGAAGAGUUUGUGCGUGUGAUGUUGUGUAUCAGUUCCAGAUAACCAACUAAAACAAGUAACGUCGUCCUCCUUGACUAAUCUAACCCAUGCAAAAAGCUUCCAUCACAAUAUGUUUGUUUAGAUAUCAUAGAUUAUAUUCACAUUUAUAUUUUUACAUUGCAUUUUAGUCAUGAAAUACAGUUGUAUUUAUGGAAAAAAAGAAAGAAAGCGCCACCUUUGGGAGUGAAUGAUGGUGCUGUGAUAAAUGAAGAAUGAUACUGCUUGAAUUUGUACAAUGCUUACUAUAGAUGUACUGUUAUAAACAAACAAACAAAAAAAGUCUGGAAAAAAAGGAAUGCAUGUCACAGGACUAAGUUACCUUUUCCGUCUGUAGUCUGUGUUGCUGGCUGUUCAGGUCCCCUCUACCUGUAUCCCUACACUUAGACCAGAUUUGUGUGCUCUUCAGCAUAAUAGUCAGUCCCUACCAUGCUUUAAAUAACUGUUUUCAUUGUAUACACUGUGGAAGAGGUGUGCCUUUAUACUCCAAAAUUAUUUAAUUUUGUAUUUUGUAAUCUUUUUUUAAAACAAAGUAAAAAGGUUAUUUUAAUAAUGGGGUGUUUACUUUGACAUGUAUUGUUCCCAACUUUGUUUUCAAACCUCCCCACCUUCCUCCACACCAAAACCUCUUUGUUUAGAUUUGUCAAUGUUACUCAGUCAAAUUAAUAAAAUCAUCUUGAUGAUUGUGUUUUAAACAACAAAAAGUCAAUGGCUGUCUCAAAUUUGAAAGUUGGAGGUUUCUGUCCCUAGGUAAAGUUCCGUUUAGAUUUUGUAAAUCCUGACCUUUGGACCAGGGUGUGAUUCAUAAAUCUGAUCGUUCAGUGUCUACUGGCAUCUCUUACCUCCUUCUCAGAGUGAGACGGCCUCUGUGCUGAUGUUAACCUCUUGUUCAUCCCCCACGCUGGUCCUGCCUUGGUAUACAAUGUACGUGUGGAUGUGCAUUGUGACGUGCGAGUGUGUGUGAGAGCGCGUGAGCAUACACAUCUGUGUAACUUGUAAUUGUUAUUUGUCGUGCUUCAUCCUUGCUGAUUGACAGCUUCCUCUGCCUUGGGAGUCUGUCCAUACUGACCAUCUUCAUCACAUACCAGCUAACCACAUAUGCAGUGUCAGAUUUCAGGGAUGUGCUUUUGUGUUUGUCCAGAAUUUCAUGUUUGAGUAUACAACUCCCAUCCAUUUCUAACAGAUUGUUCCUGUUGCUUCAGUGCAUCAUUACAUUUUUGUGUAGCCCUGAUUACAUCUGAGAUCUCACUAUCAGCCUCCCAGCUUAUUAACAGGGAGGUUAACAACUGAUAGCUCACUUUAAGUCAGUGGUUAGAUGCUAUUUCUGUGUGCUUUCACUAAAUGGGCUAUUAUUUUUUAUUGUCACGUAACUCAUACUGUACAUAGGAUAUCUCAUUAAGAAAACAGGGAAUGAGGGAACGCAAUCAACUUCUAGUCCGCUUUGCUCUGUUGGGCCCUGGAGGCCUCCCUGUAGUCAGAAAUGAGCAAGCUCACAUAGAAAACAGAGCAGUGCAUGCUGGGAGAGUGAGUUUUUUUUUUUCUCUCUCUGUUUUUGUUUUGGGUAUAUUAACUCUGGACCCAGUGUAAAGAAAGCAGUGGCAAUGAUGCCAUUUCACAGACUUUAACAGAUGGAAAUUAAAGACAAUAACCACACACACACACACACACACACACACACACAUUCUGCCAGUGUACUCUGAAAUGAAUGAUUUGUCAUUGCUGCCGUAACUUCACCCAUGACUGAAGUUCUCCACCCACCAUCCCUCCCUACCCCUUACUGCCUUUGAAUUCACCCCUUCAUCCAGCCACCACCAUUAACUUGCCAAAAGCAUCAUUCCAAUCUGUGCAUCCCCAUUGGCAGUUGAAUCUACCCCACAUGAGCUUGAAUAAUAUUGUACUGGUGUGUAAUGUAUCUCUUUGAACUGAAUUUGUUUCAUUUUUAACAUGUAUUCUGGGAACUGGAGGAAGGUGGCCAUGGCUCAUAUGUGCAGUGUCUAAAGUUAUGAGCUAUAUGAGAAGAAACAGCCCGGUGUACACGUGGUUUACCAGGCGUUAAGGGAAUAUGAGACUAAAUACAAUUAUAAAUACAAUAGAAUGGAGGCCGGGCAAUAUCUGCUUGGCCGGGAUAAUUUCCUUCAGCCCUCUGAUUCAAAAUCAAAUCACUUUUUAGAAUAAUCCAAACUCAUUUUGAAAAGCUGCUUAAAAACAGUGCAUUUGCAUGCACACACAGGGGCAGGAAACCCCCCCUGCAGGAUGCGUCCUGGUCUCCUAAAGGCCCAGAGUACUUUUAAGCGUUGCUAAAAGCAUAUUAAUGUGUGUGCAUGUGUGAGUGUGUGUGCUUGUGUAUUGCUGUCUGUCGAUGGUUGGUGGGAAUCCCCUCUCAGUGACAGAGAGGCAAAAAUGAUGUUGUAUGAUGUUUAUUGUUCUACACAUUUAAUGAUAAUGAAAAUAAUACACUCCAUUCCAUAAGCGUUCACUCAAACCAAUUAAAGCACUUGGUCUGCUUAA